AUGGUGAGGAAGGGGAAGCCAUUUAAGCGCUCGGGCAAGAAGGAAAGCUUUAAAGGGAAAAAGAAGAAGAAUUUUUCGCUUAAGUCAAGUGCUGCUAAGAGUACCAAGGACAAGAAGGUAACCUCUUCGAAAUCCGAUUCCGAAUGUUUCUAUUGCAAGAAGAAGGGACAUUGGAAACGGGAUUGCCUCAAAUUCAAGGAAGAUAAGAAGAACGGCACCGUUGUUCUUCAUCACGGACAAAGGAUAAAUUGGAGGCUAGAGAAGGGCGAGGUCGAGCUUCGGGUCGACAAUGGAGAAAGGAUGUAUGUCGUAUCCGUUGGAACUCUCUGUUUGUCUUUGCCCUCUGGGCUUGUUUUAGAGCUUGAAUAUUGUUAUCAUGUUCCUAGAGUUACCAAAAACAUUAUUUCAAUUUCGGCGUUGGACGCCAAGGGCUUUGAAAUUCGAAUCAAGAACAAUAAUUGUUCAUUUUAUUUCGAUAAUGUUUUUUAUGGUAAGGCAUAUUCAGAAAAUGGUCUUUAUGUGCUUUCUCUAGACAAACAAAUUUAUAACAUUGAUGAUACCGCCAAAAGAGCUAAGACCAUUGAGUCGAAUCAAACCUACUUGUGGCAUUGUUGUCUUGGCUAA